AUGACGCCCGUCUACGCUGACCAUCCUUACUCUCUGAUACCAACACCAAUCUAUCAAAAUUCGAUGGUUGAGAAAGGUGCCACCGAGCCCGACAUGUUCACUCGCAUUGCCUCCGAGAUGGCUCUUGUCCACAACAUGAUAAUCCGGGGCCUCAAUUCAAUAUACCUUCAAGCACCACACGUCAAGGCAUCUGAAUCGGAAUAUUUUAUUCAGUGCAUUCUGGCUUGGUACAGUCUGUUGCACGUCCACCACUCCGGCGAGGAAGAGCAGUUCUUCCCGGCAAUCGAUGAGCUGUCGGGCCAAAAGGGGUUGAUGGAUGGCAACGUCGCUCAACACAAAGAGUUCCACGAUACGCUGGCGAAGUUCAAGGCAUACGUCGACAUAUGUGUGUCCGGAAAUGACAGGAUGGAUGGUGCAAAGCUUGUGACCUUGAUCGAUGGCUUCGGCGACGUGUUGACGAAACAUCUUCGGGAUGAGAUCCCAAGUAUCCUGGAGCUCAGGAUGUUUGGCGUGGACAAGAUGGCAUCGUUGGAGAAGAUAUUUGAAGAAGAGGGAGAGAAAAGCAUGAAAACUCUCGGCUUGAUCAAGGGCCUGCCAUUCUGCUUGUCGAAUCACGAUGUUGCUUUCGAAGACGACCAGUGGGCUAGCUGGCCUCCUGCGCCACCAGUCGUCAAACUUAUCUGCAGGCACAUCACAUAUCGCUUCAAGAAGAAGUGCUGCAAGUUUUCCGCAUGUGACAAGAUGGGAAAUCUCAAGCCCCUGUACGCUGUUGCUCACGAGGAUACCAAGGCCGAGCCAGCGAAGUAG